CCGCACUCUGGAGCGGGAGGGGGAUCCGCCGCGGAGUUACGGGAAAGUUGUUCCGAGUUCCUGGAGUUUCCCUGUGUGGUUCCUGGGCUCCGCUGGCCAGUGCCUCGGCUUCUUUCCUCCCUCCCGCUUUCGCCGCCCACCCCGGUCCCUUCUGCCCCCGGCCGCCAUGGAGCAGCCGCCGGCGCCCAAGAGUAAGCUAAAAAAGCUGAGUGAGGACAGUUUGACCAAGCAGCCUGAAGAAGUUUUUGAUGUAUUAGAGAAACUUGGAGAAGGGUCUUAUGGAAGUGUAUUUAAAGCAAUACACAAGGAAUCUGGUCAAGUUGUGGCAAUUAAGCAGGUACCGGUUGAGUCCGAUCUUCAGGAAAUAAUCAAAGAAAUUUCCAUAAUGCAGCAGUGUGACAGCCCAUAUGUUGUAAAGUACUAUGGCAGUUACUUUAAGAAUACAGACCUCUGGAUUGUUAUGGAGUACUGUGGAGCUGGCUCUGUCUCCGACAUAAUUAGAUUACGAAACAAGACAUUAACGGAAGAUGAAAUUGCAACUAUUCUUAAAUCUACUUUGAAAGGACUAGAAUAUUUACACUUCAUGAGGAAAAUACACAGAGAUAUAAAAGCUGGAAACAUUCUCCUUAAUACAGAAGGACAUGCAAAAUUGGCAGAUUUUGGCGUGGCUGGUCAAUUAACAGAUACGAUGGCAAAACGCAAUACUGUGAUAGGAACUCCAUUUUGGAUGGCUCCUGAGGUAAUUCAAGAAAUAGGCUACAACUGUGUGGCUGACAUCUGGUCCCUUGGCAUUACCUCUAUAGAGAUGGCUGAAGGAAAACCUCCGUAUGCUGAUAUACAUCCGAUGAGGGCUAUUUUUAUGAUUCCCACAAACCCACCACCAACAUUCAGGAAGCCAGAACUUUGGUCUGAUGAUUUCACCGAUUUUGUUAAAAAGUGCCUAGUGAAGAAUCCUGAGCAGAGAGCUACUGCAACACAACUUUUACAGCAUCCUUUUAUCAAGAACGCAAAACCUGUAUCGAUUUUAAGAGAUCUGAUCACAGAAGCUAUGGAGAUCAAAGCAAAAAGACAUGAAGAACAGCAGAGAGAAUUGGAAGAGGAGGAAGAUAAUUCGGAUGAAGAUGAGCUGGAUUCCCACACCAUGGUGAAGACUAGUUCAGAAAGUGUGGGCACGAUGCGGGCCACAAGCACAAUGAGUGAAGGGGCGCAGACCAUGAUUGAACAUAACAGCACGAUGUUAGAAUCUGACUUGGGGACCAUGGUUAUAAACAGUGAGGAUGAAGAAGAAGAAGAUGGAACUAUGAAAAGAAAUGCAACUUCACCACAAGUACAAAGACCGUCUUUUAUGGACUACUUUGAUAAACAGGAUUUCAAGAAUAAGAGUCAUGAAAACUGCAAUCAGAACAUGCAUGAACCCUAUCCUAUGUCCAAAAAUGUUUUUCCUGAUAACUGGAAAGUUCCUCAGGAUGGAGACUUUGACUUUUUAAAAAAUCUAAGUUUAGAAGAACUACAGAUGCGGUUAAAAGCACUGGACCCCAUGAUGGAACGAGAAAUAGAAGAGCUUCGACAAAGAUACAAUGCAAAAAGGCAACCCAUUCUGGAUGCAAUGGAUGCGAAGAAAAGGCAGCAAAACUUUUGAGUCUAAUUUCUUCUCUUUGUGUUUCUAUAACUAUUCUGGAGACGAAGAAAACACUAAAAUUGAAGGAAUAUUAUGAUUUCCUUUUAAUCCCUAGGAUUGGAAUCUAGAACUAGGCAACGGCCAAAAACUAAUGAUGAUACAUAGCAGGGUAAAUUCCCAAAAGGCACAAUUUACAACUGUAUCCAUUAUGUUUUCACUUUUAAAUGAGGAAAACAACAGAAAUGUAUUCUCCUCUAUAUCCAUCAGCUGCAUACCAGCAGUAAAAUUGUGUUAUAAAAUGAAGGCUGUGUUUAGAGACCUUGAACUCCAAAGCUAUUUUACAGCACGAAGGGCUUUAUGUUGCAAUAUUCUUGAUUCUUCUAGUAGCCUAUUUAUUGUGUCCCUUUAGGUAAACUUAUUUAUUUAUGCUAUAUCACUUUGCUUUUUUUUUUUUAAGGAUAAGAUCAGGAUAGCUUUGGUAAAGGUAGGGAUGUAUUCAUAGAUCAUAAUAUUGAACCAGCUUAUACCUUAAGCAGGGAACUAUGGGGUACAAUCCAUGAUUUCCAGCAUAGUUUUCCAAUAGAAGCAAAGCAAUAAUAGCAACAGUACCCAGAUGAGCCAGGCAUUUUUUAUACUGAAGCAAUAAUUCCAUUUUUACCUCUUGAAAUUUUAACUUUUUAAUUGUGAUGUUUGGUACAAAAGGAACUAUAUGUAUUUAGGUCGGACAGAGCUAUAAUGUUUAAAACCAAAGAAAUCAAUGGAAUCCUUGCACAAAAAAUAUGUGGUAAAUAUUUAAAAGAAAUAAAUUCUUAGACAAAUGGAAUUUCUUCCCUCCCCUCCCCUUCUUCCACCUCAGCCCCCGCCCCCACUCCAGUUCAAGCCACUGUUUCUCAGCCCGGUUUUCUAUGACACAGCUCCCUGGCCCAUGCUGGCUUUAUGAGCCUUGCGCUCCCCCCUGCUGAGGCAGUCAGUCUCUGAAGGCUGCUCACAGCAGCUUUUGGCCCAAGGCAACAUCCCCCUGCUCAGGGCUGCCCAGCACCAGGGAGAGCCCUCCUUCACAAUCUUAGCUCAGAGGGUGCAGCUCCCUGACAUGUGGGAAUUGAACCAGCGACCUGGGCGUUAGGAGCACCACACACCAAAAACAUGAGCCACCUGGCCAGCCCAACAAAUGUAAUUUCUUAAUACUGUUCCAUGUUUAGGUCUGAUAGCUAAACUGUGUCAAACUCUAAUAACCUCAGCAAAUUUAUUUCUGUGAAAGCAUGUUCAAUUGUCACAGGACUUGUUUGUUGAUUUCAUUUACUUCCUGGGAAUUGGUAAACAUCAUGUGCCUGACAAUAACAAAAUAGCAAAAGCAUUUGUACUGAACUGUGCAAGCCUUAGGGACUGAAAAAAAGAUAAAAACCAUCGAAAAGACACUCAUUUCUAAGCUAAAUGAACAUCUGCGAGAUUGAACGGGGACCAGUCAUUUCCUAUGCUACAUAUGGCCAUUUUGACAGUGUUUGUUCUUUUGUGAGUUCAACUACUAUGUGUAAAUCAUAAAGACAAAUAAAUUUUACUGUGCCACCCCGUACAUUUCAUCUUUAUAU